AUUCAAGAUUUACCACAAAUGGAGAAUAUGUAAUCCUAAUAAUAGUACAAUGAGACACAAAUGAGACACGAUUAAUGUGCCGAGCCAAACAUACCGUAUCACAUAAUAAAAUGGGCUGCUGUAUUAGUAGGGCGCCAAAAUUAAAUAAAGGCGAAUCUCUUUCAGUGGCGGCAAAGGAUAAUUAUAGCGUAAAACCAAAACCUGGAGACAUAUCACCACGAGCUACUGAAGACGUCGAGAUAAAACAGCAGGUCGUUAAAGAGGAGCUGCCAUCUAACGUAAAGGUGAUAAAUGUGAAGAGUCCAGUGAAUAAAAACAAUGCGGACAAGGUGCAACGCCGAGUUAUCGCUGUAUCGUCAACGUUUGGCGAUAUACCAAUACGCAAAUCAAAUAACAUAUCAGAAAAGGGUUGGUGGGAACGGGAUGAACCUGAUGAAUUAAAAAACACGAUUAAGAAACCGAGUGAUGUGGAGAAGAAUAUGCUUCAUGGAGAACCCAUAGAUAAUCGUGUUAGAUCAAACGCGGCUGUUAUAGAGGAACGGCCCAUCGCUUUUAAAGACAGAAGCGUGAGAUCUACAUAUACGAUAUCAGAUGAAAUAGUUAAACCUGCACACACAACACACUCAAUAACCAAUACUCCAUCAUCAUCAUCAUUAAAGACGGAAGGGAGGAUUGAUACAAAUGAACAGACGGUAGAAUCUAAUCACGCAACUUUUCGUAUACAGACAUCUCCAAAAGAGUUGUAUCAUACGACAAGAGAUGAUAUCGAAUUAUCAAAGGGUAGAGAUGAUUUUAACGUUGAAAUAAAGGACUCGUCUUCAACCACUCCUCGUGGAUGUGACAAUGAUUCAUUUUCCGUGCGAAAAAAUUCAGAUAUACGUGGGACCGAUUCAGUAUCCCACUUAAUAGUUAACAAGAUGUCACAUAUGACCAGUGGAAGCCAUACCCCUGUGACGCCGGUAGGGCACAACGGAUCAAAUACUCCACCACGUAGAGAUAUCAUGAAUAACGAGACAGAAGCCGAAAUAAAAAGAUCUAUAGAGCGGAUAAUAGAUGAAGGAAUAACGGCUGAAUCAUCAAUGGGAAUAGAACCUACGGAGGAUUGGAAUAAAGAUAGUCGCAAUGUUAACGUUGUUGCAAGAGGCAAAACUUUCACUUCUGCUGCAGAUGAAGUUGAUACCGCUAGCUUAAAACCAGUAAGACCCAGAGCAAGACCUGUACCUCUGAGAAGGGGCACUACAAGAAUACCACCUAAACGCAGGGUGGAAACAGCGAAACCCACAGGAGCAUCAGCAUCAAAAUUAUUAGAAAAAACUGUAAACUUAAGUGAGCUGAAGUGGAAUGAGAUAAUCAAAUGCCAUACGGAAAUAUGCAAUAUAACUGACAAGCAUCCGGAGCUAUUUUCGGAAUGCGAUCCCGACUCAUUGAUUAUGGCUGUGCGUGCCAUUGUAUCCCACGCCAAUAGUGGGAGAUCAAACCUAUCAAAUAGCGGUAUUGUAUGCUUAGGCCACUUAUAUAAGUCGUUGGGAACCACUCUAGGCCAACUACUACCCGGUGUUUUAGAUAUAUGUGUAAGGAAGGCAGCUUCUGGAUCACCAGAAUUCAUUUGUGCCUCGGCGAACCUUACAUUGAGCAAAAUAUGCCUUUCUAGUUCAGCAGCUAAAGUGUCUGCGAUACUCUUGAAGCUAUACAAGACAAAUAAAUCGGCUCACCUUACAAUCCUAAAUUGUAUGAUCAUUUUGCUGGAUAGUAUCGGUCCUAAUACAACGCAGCUCAAACAUUUAGAAGAUAUCGUUGACAUGUGCCUUUCUUCACUGAAGGCUGGGAGCAUAACUUUAAGAAAUGCUGCAAAAAUAUUGAUUGCUUUAAUCAACGAUCAAAAAGAUAUAAUAAAAUUAUUGGGUAAAAUGCGCAGAGGACCAGAUGCCGUUCGAUUGGUGACCACGGCUCUAAGGAAGUACAAUUACGAAGAGAAACUUAAGUAUCUACAGCGCUUGACAUCGGAGGCAAUUUGAUAAUGCAAUAUGCGUUUGAUUGAAGUGGUAAGGCAUAUUCUAUUAAUUCAUAUUCAGAGGCUGAUGAGAAUAUACGCAACACUGUCAUUGGAUGAGUUUCCCACGCAUCACAGGGAUUCAUGCCGUUAACAGCAAUUUACCCAUAACUACCCAUCACCUUAUGUGGCAGAGUUGAUGUCGGCAAUAAUAAUCCCACACAUAAUACAUUCGAUGUUAGUUCCGCUCAUUUAUGUCCCACCGCUUCCUGCACUGGAUAAAUUUGUGGCCUUAACAU